UCCCCCGCCCCGCGCGCCAUUCCUCGCCUCCCGCCGCCGCGCAGGGCGUGCGCCAUGGCCGGGCUGGUGCCGCGACCCGCCAAGGGCUACCGGGUGGUGCUGCUGGGCAGCGCGGCCGUGGGCAAGACGGCGCUGGCCACGCAGUUCGCGUGCGGCCGCUUCCCCGAGCGCUGCGAGCCGGCGGUGGAGGAGCUGUUCAGCAAGCUCAUCGAGGUGAACGCGGCGCCCGCGCUGCUGGAGAUCGUGGACACGGUGGGCGCCGAGCACCUGGUCACGCUCCGGGACCUGUACAUCCGCAACAGCGACGGCUUCGUGGUGCUGUACAGCGUGCGCAGCGAGGCCUCCUUCGCGGCGGUGCGGCCGCUGCGGGAGCGCAUGGGCCGCCUGCGGGGCGCCCGGGCCGUGCCGCUCGUGCUCGUGGGCACCCAGGCCGACCUGGACGCCGAGCGCCAGGUGCUGACGGCGCGGGGCCGCGCGCUGGCCCGCGAGUGGCGCUGCCCGUUCCUGGAGGUCACGGCCAAGAGCAAGCGGAUGGUGGACCAGGUGUUCACGCAGGUGGUGCGCGAGAUGGAGGCCCUGGCCCCGCCCGAGGCGGAGGCCCGCGCGGCGCCCGCGAGCGCCCCGGGGACCGGGCCGUCGGAGAGGUUCAUCGGCUAAUGCGCGGCCACCUUCGCGACGGCGAAGCCCGGAGCCCGCACCCGCCUGUGGAGCCGUCCAGCCGCCGCCGAGCGCCUCCUGCGGGAGCGGAAGCCUGGCCCGCCCCGCGCGCUUCUGGACCCUCGGCGAACCCUCUGCAGCUGUUUUCCCGACGAUCGCGCUUUGAGAAACCAGCAACCUCACAUCCCGCCCCGCCCCGCCCCGUCCCCCUUGGAGAGCGCGCCAGCCUUUUCCUCCCGUCGCGGUCCUUACAGAGGAUGUUUCUUUUUUAAUCCACAUCAUCAGACAUUUGAAAUUGGACGAGGACGUGAGCUAGCGGUUAGCUUUCGAUUCGGUGAGGCCUGGUCCCCCUGGUUUAAGGCCUGAGCUGCAGAGUGAGGUUCCCCUGUGUCUCUUAUUAGUUCUGAGGCCGGGCGGCUGGAGAGGGAUAGUGGGGGGGCGGGGGGCGGCGAGCAGCUGCCCUCACACAAAGGGCUCAGAGCUGCCUUGUUCUCCAGCUGAAGGAGCUGGAGCGACUUGGGAAGCUGGUGGUUUCGCUGUUUGCCUUUCCAACGCCUGAAGCCGCUGUUGGGGCCGUUUCCACGCUGCCUCUGCUUCUCUUAUUUUCCGGGAAAUGGUUGGUCACUGGAGGGAGGUGGCCCUUUGUGUUUUUGCAGAAAUUCUCUCCGCCGCGGUGCCUAUUCUCUGUUCGGCAGCAGGACAUUGUGUGUGUGAGUAACGGGACCCGGCCGCCCACAGAGAAGCAGAACGUGCGGGUCCGGUCUGACCUCCCCUUCGAGGCCAGAGGCUGCCCUGGCCGGUGCGCAGGCUGUUCUGGAACCUUAAACUGCGACCGUCCGUCCGUCCGGCUGCGAGUUGCUUGUGCUUAUUCGCGAAGAGAACCCUCUCACCUGCCCUGAGACACACUUUUCAGGUUGAAGGCCUCGCCUCGCCAUCGGAGCAUCUUUCCAGGAGAAAUCGACAGGAAAGCCCCACGCCGCCCGCGGCGCCUGUAGAGGGAGGCUACAGCGCACUGAGUGCUGUUUAUGUGGCAUGUGACGUCUGACUGGAGAAAGGGUUUUAUCUGAACAUGACAUUUACAUCCAUCUGAGAAGCUAGGAGUGCCUGGCAGUUCCCCCAGGAGGGCCGGCUGGGGCAUCCCCUGUCCCCUCUCCCUCUCCCAGGACAUGGGGACAUGGGGUGGGGGAGUUGGGACCCAGCUGCCCCACUCCCCUCUCUAGCCCUCUGUCCCCUCACACCCCUCUAGGCCAUCAUUUCUUACGUAUAUUUAGUUGAUUUCAGGGAGGAGGGGAGAGGGAGAGAGUGAUAGAAACAUCAAUGACGAGAGAGAACCAUUGAUCAGCUGCCUCCUGCACGCCCCCCCCCCCCAAUUGGGGAUCGAGCCCACAACCUGGGCAUGUGUCCUUGACUGGAAUCGAACCCGGGACCCUUCAGUCCACAGGCCGGCGCUCUAUCCACUGAGCCACACCGGCCAGGGCUGGGCCAUCAUUCUUCAGGGGACAUUUCACAGGGAGGGAAGGGAGGAGGGCUGCAGGCCAGGGCAGGGAAGCACCCUCAGGGCCUGAGCUCCUAUGUCCAAAGCUGCCCCUUCUGCCUGCGGGAGCAGACAGGACCGCCGGACGGAGGGACGGACGGACGGACGGGUUGGGCUGCAGAGGAAGCAACAGGGAGUGACCAGCACCACCCCAAGAACCGGAAGCUGGUGACCCCUCCCCGGCCCCUGGCCCCCCCUGCCGAGGCCUCCGGGGUCUUGCCUCCCCCUGGAUAACAGGCCCGUCCAGGAAACAGUGUACAAAUAGCGAUUCUCCCGCUAGGCUCCCGGGACCACCUGGGUCCCUCCCACUCAGGCCCGCAUUUCAGCUCAGAGCGCAGGGCUGCUCCUGGCUGGCGGGGCCGCAUGACGAGUGACCGGGCCCACAUGCUCCGCCGCUGUGACCUCAGGAACCUGUAUGAAGCUGCCUUCUGAGUGUGUCUGCAGACACGCGCACACAUGCUCACGCACGCACUUACCAAUAUACACACAAUAAAAAACCUACUAGCACACA